UGAUGAAUGAAUAAACGUCAGCUGCGAUAGUCGUCAACAUCAACAUUAGAUAUUAGACAACAUGUUUUAAUAAACUUUUCAUGAAAACUAAAAUUAUAAAUUCAUUCUUACAUGUUAAACGGAAGUAGAUUUCAAAUUACGCAACUGGAUGACGCUACUUUCAAUAACAUCGUAAUUUUACAGGAUAAAUUUGGAUUUUCCAAAAUUAUAGGAGCUCGAAAACUAUGAGGACUUAAACAAAGACGCAGAAAGUAUUUGUUUUCUAAAAGAUGGCUGAUAAAUUUUGCGGCAAAUUAAAAUUAAACCACAAAAUUGUAAUAAGAUACAGUGACCGUGAGCUAUUUUACCUUAUUAAAAAAAUUUAAACAUUUAAUAUCUGAUUAUGGAAGGUAAAAUAGAAAAAACUGGUGGGGGCAAUGGACCCAAUUUGACCUCCGGUGAGUCUUCUGAUGGCGAAGAACAAGAUGAACCUUCUUCGACCAAUCAAGAGCAAGCUAUUGAAGAUACACUAGCUAAUUUCAGAGAAAAGUGGCAAAAGGAAAUACGUGAUUCACCAAAUCAUCAAAUUAAACCUAAAACCAGAAUCUCCAAAGAAACUGAUCAGGUAGAUGAUGGUGAACACAAUGCAAGGAUUUUAUUUUUAAAGGGAAUUGAAAUGGAAAAAUCGGGAAAAUUUUAUGAAGCAAUCCAGUUUUACCGACGUGCUGUUCAGAUUGUCCCUGACAUUGAAUUUAAAUUGGAAAGGAUGUCGAAACCAAAAUUAAAGGAUAGACAAGCAACUGAAGAUAAAGAAAAGGGGGACAUAUUUACAGAAACUAUUGAAGAAAAACAUGAGAGUAGUGAUGAGAAUUCAGAAGAUGAAGAAAUAUUAGAAGGUGAACUUUUACCAAGAAUUCAGAAAAAACUGGCAAAGGGUUAUCCAUUGUGUGUUCCAAAAUUUGAACAAAAGACCACACAUAUUUCUGAAUUACCGGUGGAGAUCAUAUUUUACAUCCUGCGGUGGCUCGUUUCUGCAGAUUUAGACCUCAAAGGAUUAGAAGUUUUUUCUGCGGUAUGCCGGGGGUUUUACUUGUGUGCCAGAGAUCCUGAAAUUUGGAGAUUAGCUUGUCUACGUGUUUGGGGCUUAAAUUGCGGUCCUUCUCCAGACACUUACCAGUCUUGGAGGGAAAUGUACAUUGAGAGGCCAAGAGUCCACUUCAAUGGCUGUUACAUUAGUAAAACCACCUACAUUCGACCCGGUGAAAACAGUUUCCAAGAUCAGUUCUACCGGCCAUGGCAUUUGAUUGCUUAUUAUCGUUAUUUGAGAUUUUUCCCUGAAGGCGUAGUUCUCAUGUUAACUACUGCCGAUGAACCUGCCCAGUGUGUUGGAUUGAUGAAGAGUAGAAAUUCACGCAGCCCUGUUUUGUCAGGCUACUACAGACUAAAAAAUGACAAAGUCGUUAUAGUUGUGCAAAAGCAAGAUGCUAAGACUGUUGCGCAAGUGACGCAAGGAUAUAAGAGACAUUCUAGAAAGAAAGAUGCUCAAGAAAAUGCAGAACAGACAUUUCAUUUGGAGUUGCAGAUAAAAGGCCACCGCAAAAAGAUGCAUGUACAGCUGGUGUGGACCCACUACUCCGUUUUUACGAAAUACAAAAGAGGUGAUGAAAGUACCUGUAACUUUGACCUUAUAGCUAACCGAUUUCCUCCUCUCUGGUUUUCUCGCGUGAAGAGUUUCACUGCAGAGUCUGACGCUCCUUUAAUAUAGUUCAUAUUUUUGUAAGUGUUUACAUGUUGCACAUUGAGUGUUCCCAGUUCUUUAUGGCUAUAAUUUCCUAGCGAUAAGUUUUUAUUCUUAAGUGAAGUGGAUGAACUUUUAAGUUACUGUUUACUUUUGACGGUGUAAUUUUUAUAGUGGGUUUGAGACUCUUAAUAAAUUAUAUAUAUUUUUGGAACAAGUUAAUAGUCAAUAUUAAUAUAAAUUUGUUGGCGAUUGUGUUUGUUUAUAAUUAUCUACACGAAUUAUAUAAAAUGAUAAUAAACGUUUUGUUUUGUUU